ACACACAAACACACACACCGAGGCAGACAAGAUGAAGCUGCUUCUGCUUUCUGCUGCCUUUCUGGCUGUGGCCAGCUGUGCGAGCAUCUCCCUGGAGGAUCUAGAGUUCCACGCAUGGAAGCUCAAGUUUGGGAAGUCCUACAGUUCGCCGUCAAAAGAAUCUGAACGCAAGGACAUCUGGCUAAACAAUCGCAAACUGGUGCUCAUGCACAACAUGCUAGCCGAGGAGGGCAUCAAGUCCUACCGCCUCGGCAUGACCUUUUUCGCGGAUCUGGAAAACAAAGAGUACAGGCAGUUGGUUUCCAAAGGGUGCCUGCUGCACUUCAACACUUCUAUCCCUCGGGAGGGUUCCACCUUCCUGUCGUCGUUCCACGAAGCUGACCUGCCACACACCGUGGACUGGAGAGACAAGGGAUACGUCACCGAUGUCAAGGAUCAGAAGCAGUGUGGCUCUUGUUGGGCUUUCAGCACAACGGGAUCUUUGGAGGGUCAGACCUUCAGAAAAACGGGCAAGUUGGUGUCUCUGAGCGAGCAGCAGUUGGUGGACUGCUCUGGUGACUUUGGCAACAUGGGCUGCAUGGGAGGCCUUAUGGAUGACGCCUUUCAGUACAUCCAGAAAAACGGGGGAAUCGACACCGAGGAGUCUUAUCCUUACGAGGCUGAGGAUGGAAAGUGCCGCUACGACCCGGCCAACAUCGGUGCCACCUGCACGGGAUACGUCGACGUGAAAAAAGGCGACGAACGCGCCCUGAAGGAGGCAGUGGCUACGGUCGGACCCGUGUCGGUUGCCAUUGAUGCUUCGCAUGCCUCCUUCCAGCUUUACGAAUCAGGCGUCUACGAUGAGCCACAGUGCAGCAGCUCGGAGUUGGACCACGGAGUUCUGGCUGUAGGUUACGGCACGGACAACGGACAAGACUACUGGCUGGUCAAGAACAGCUGGGGUCUCGAUUGGGGAGACAAGGGCUACAUCAUGAUGAGUCGGAACAAACGCAACCAGUGUGGAAUCACGACCGCAGCAAGCUACCCCUUAGCUGCUGACAGCCACCUGACUGGACACACCGCAGAAAUUCCUGGUUACAUUGCAGUUAUCGACACAAACACACACACCGAGGCAGACAAGAUGAAGCUGCUUCUGCUUUCUGCUGCCUUUCUGGCUGUGGCCAGCUGUGCGAGCAUCUCCCUGGAGGAUCUAGAGUUCCACGCAUGGAAGCUCAAGUUUGGGAAGUCCUACAGUUCGCCGUCAAAAGAAUCUGAACGCAAGGACAUCUGGCUAAACAAUCGCAAACUGGUGCUCAUGCACAACAUGCUAGCCGAGGAGGGCAUCAAGUCCUACCGCCUCGGCAUGACCUUCUUCGCGGAUCUGGAAAACAAAGAGUACAGGCAGUUGGUUUCCAAGGGGGGCCUGCUGCACUUCAACACUUCUAUCCCUCGGGAGGGUUCCACCUUCCUGUCGUCGUUCCACGAAGCUGACCUGCCACGCACCGUGGACUGGAGAGACAAGGGAUACGUCACCGAUGUCAAGGAUCAGAAGCAGUGUGGCUCUUGUUGGGCUUUCAGCACAACGGGAUCUUUGGAGGGUCAGACCUUCAGGAAAACGGGCAAGUUGGUGUCUCUGAGCGAGCAGCAGUUGGUGGACUGCUCUGGUGACUUUGGCAACAUGGGCUGCAAGGAAGGCCGUGUGGAUGGCGCCUUUCAGUACAUCCAGAAAAACGGGGGAAUCGACACCGAGGAGUCUUAUCCUUACGAGGCUGAGGAUGGUAAGUGCCGCUACGACCCGGCCAACAUCGGUGCCACCUGCACGGGAUACGUCGACGUGAAAAAAGGCGACGAACGCGCCCUGAAGGAGGCAGUGGCUACGGUCGGACCCGUGUCGGUUGCCAUUGAUGCUUCGCAUGUCUCCUUCCAGUUUUACAAAUCAGGCGUCUACGAUGAACCACUGUGCAGCAGCUCGGAGUUGCACCACGCAGUUCUGGCUGUAGGUUACGGCACGGACAACGGACAAGACUACUGGCUGGUCAAGAACAGCUGGGGUCUCGAUUGGGGAGACAAGGGCUACAUCAUGAUGAGUCGGAACAAACGCAACCAGUGUGGAAUCGCGACCGCAGCAAGAUACCCCUUAGUGUGAACACGUUUGGAGGGAAGGAGCCAGAGGAGAAGAAAAAUCACAGACAAUAUUUGAUUUGAUAACAAACUUGUACUUUGUAUAUUCUGACCUUUUUUUUAAUUUUCAAAUAUCAAACUGAUUACAAGACCAUCACAAAAAUGUACCCCUCUUCAAAUUUAUAUAAAAGAAUCGGACUUGAACAGGUUAA